AUGGGCGGCGCAAAGGGCCUCAUUGAGGUGGUCGAUGGUUCUGAGAUGACUGGAGACGAUGUUGGAGCCCACGGCAUCCCAAAUGAGUUUCAUCCAAGCUCUGAACGGGACACAACGGGGGAUGAAAGCCCUUCGAGCCGACAGAGAUUGGACGUAGAGGAUGAUGCAGCCAGACAAGCUAGACUGGGUAAGAUCUUCUCUGAGUUGUCAGCGUCUCCGAGAGCCGGUCAAGCGGCAUUCACAGCGGUAAUAGAUCAGGACAGAAGGACAUUUGCAGUCCCGCCUAGCGAUGCUCUCGCUCGAGUCAAAGCGUUCUUACCGAUGUUACAGUCGUCCAACGCCGAUCUCCUCGCCAGAGCCCGAAGUGAUCCCCAAGCAGUCAAUAUGGAAGAUACAGACGGAGACGACAAGGUCGUGGCGAUGGAUCUUGGCCUCGGUGUCUUUGACGUCAAUGAUCACCAGGGAGGAGAUUUUGGACCAGAGGUCGAGCGAGACGAUUGGCAAGCGGAUGAGGAGUCGGACGAGGAUGACGAGGCGUCGGAUGCGGGACGUCACCCUCCUGUCCAAACCAUGGGGGAGAUCACAGCGGACGCAGCGUCUCGAGACGCGCGCUCCUAUGCCAAUGAAGAGGCUCCUCAACACUCAAUUGGGUUCGGUCGAGUUGGUGAAGCUCAGGGCACGGCUGCGCCAAAUGCCAGUCACGCAAACCGGCUUAUGACAGCAGAGAACGGCGUACCACCUUAUCUCGACAGUCAUGGUGAGACAGUGGACGGAGCUGUCACCAGUGACGACACUUUCUCGGAGAGCCACUCCUCGACCGAAGACGAUUCAUCCGAUUCUGAAGACGACGGUGAAUCCACCGACACCCCAGACCGAUGA